UACCCUCAAUAGAACCAACUAAGACCCAAACCACCAACAACUCAAUCCAUCACCAAGUAUACAGCAGCGCCAAGCACCCCAAGCAAAGAGCGAAGAUCAUCCCCGCGCUCGGGCGAAUACCCCCCGAACCCAUAACAACCCCUCCUCCAUCCAUCCCCACACCACAACCCCAACCACAAGAACACAAGUACAGUACAUCCCUCGGCCCUAUUUACCUUACUCGAACCUCAUCUCCGGCACUCAAUCACUCUUCCUAACCCUCCAGAGUCAUAAAUCCCAACGAUACCAACAAAGACAACCAACCUCACCCCAGCACAACCCUCAAACCCCCAACCCAACAGCAACCACCCCCAGAAUGUCCCCGCAAGCCCGCCGCAUCGCACAAAUCGUGCACCUUAAGCCCUCAGCAGUAGCAGCAUACAAAGAAUGUCACGCGAACGUGUGGCCCGAGGUGCUGCGGCAGAUCCACGAGUGUGGGAUUCGGGAUUAUUCCAUCUUCUUCGAUAACGACCGCACAUUGUUCGCGACGUUCAAGUAUAUCGGGGAGGACUACGAGGGGGAUAUGGAGCGGAUGCGGGCGAAUCCUAAGGUGCGGGAAUGGUGGGCUUUGACCGAUGGGAUGCAGGAGAGUCCGAUUCCCGGCGCUGUGGGUAGUGCUGAGGGUCCUGGGUGGUGGAAGGUGCUGGAUGAGGUGUUUUACACGGAAUAGAGUAGAGGUCCAUGUUCAAUGAAAAGAAAUUAAGCAGGCAUAAUUAGUAUUUCGCUGCGUAAAAUGCAUGCAAACUGCUCAAGAACAACUUUCAGAUCCUGAGGCUGGGUGAUAGAUCCGGUGCGAAUGUCCGAGGUAACUGCCUCGUACCACAACCAGCAGAAAGA